AUGAGGAAGAAGUGUUUUAUCAGUGCUCUAACAACAAUGGCUGUUGUCUCUAUGUUCCUCAUCGCUGAUCAGAAGUGGCCGAAUGCUGUGGAUCAUAUUUACACAUUUACCACAACUGAUCCAGGUAAAGAAGUAGAGAAUCAAGAUUUUGGGAAAGGUCCAUUAGCCCUAAUACGACAAAGUGGCCAGGUAAAAUCUCUGCUUGGGAUAAACCUGGAGAACAUGACGUCACAGGAGAUGUUGAUGACCCUCCACAGUUACCCAGACAACAUCGAUACAAUAUGUAAGAGGAAAGUUCGCAUGGGUCGAAUCGGCGAUGGCGGUUGGGAGAUUUGUGACGACCCUGACGUUCGCCCUAGGGAUCCGUGCAUCAUCUACUCCUACGGCAUCAACUACGAGUUCUCGUUUGACGACGACGCGGCCAAGGUCUACGGGUGUCACGUGUACUCUUUUGAUCCCAGCAUGGUCAAGUGGGCGGACAAGGUCAACAGGUCAGAGCUUGUCCACUUUUAUAAGGUGGGGUUGAGUAGCAAGACGCACGUGCUACCCAAAAAGAACUGGACACUGUACACUCACGGCGACAUUAGAAAAAUGCUUGGCCAUCAGAACCAAACCAUCGACGUCAUCAAGAUGGACAUCGAAUGGUCGGAGUGGGAGGCGAUUCCUGAAAUGGUAGCCAGUGGUCAGUUGACCCACGUCCGUCAGUUCCUGGUGGAGUAUCACGUGAGGUCCAAGGACCGGAACUACCUGUUCAGACUCAAGGCCAUGCAGGAGCUAGAGAAAGCCGGUUUUAAGCGGUUUUACGUGCAUAAAAACCCGGCUUGCGGCAUUAAAGUGUCGGGUUUUCCCACAAAAAGAACACAGUGCUAUGAGGUACACUAUAUCAGGAGGUAGACGAUGGGACAAUUGGGCAUCGUUUGUAGUGAAACGUGGCUAUGUUUUAAAUAUUUAAUUUGGUAUUUUAUAAGUUUAGUGUGUUUUUUUUUAAUUAUGAGAUGUUAAUAUAACGUAGGUUCUAGUUAUGCAUUUAUUGAGAGGUUAAGCUGUUUAAUUUCAUUUCUUUUUCCCUACAAUUAUUUUAACAGACCUAUUUUAGGAAACUCCGAAAUUUCAUUCAGCAUGUAA